GCCCCCCAUGUCGUCCUCGAAUCCUAAGCCAUAUGUCCAGGCAGGCGAGCCGCUGCAGGACUUUCUGCGCUCCUUCUGGCAGCGCCAGGUCGACGCCGCCGAGCAGGAGACACCCGACUACCGCCACCCGCCCCUGCCCCUCGCGCGCAUCAAGAAGGUCAUGAAGAGCGACCCGGAGGUCAAGAUGAUCGCAGCGGACGCACCCAUCCUCUUCUGCAAGGCCUGCGAGAUCUUCAUCUCUGAAAUCACCGCGCGCGCGUUCAUCAUUGCCGACUCGAACAAACGCCGCACGCUCUCGCGCGCGGACAUCGCCAAGGCGCUCAGCAAGUCCGACCAGUUCGACUUCCUCAUCGACAUCGUCCCGCGCGAGGAGCCGCUCACGGGCGCGCCCGCCGCGGCGUCGCGCGUGCAGAAAAAGGCCGGCGGCGCGCCGUCGAAGCUCGAGCAGCUGCAGACGCUCCUCAAUCCCCCGGGUGCGGAGAAGUGACCGAACGUCUCCGUCUCUUAGAAGCGUGUGCGGGUUUUCUUGCUCCUCUUUGCAUCCUUGCUUUCGUGGUCCGUCCGUAUUGUCAACUAAGCACACUGUAACAUAGCUCCUUCGAGCAAUCUAGCACAAGCACUACUAAUGACCGCAA